GUGGCGGAAAUGCACGGGGAACUGAUCGAAUUCAACGAACGUCUCCAUCGGGCCUUGAUGGCCAAAGAAGCUCUCGUGACUCAGAUGAGACAAGAACUCAUCGACCUGAGAGGACCGGUUCCCGGAGAUCUCAGCCAAACCUCUGAAGAUCAAAGCCUGUCAGAUUUUGAAAUAUCAAACCGAGCACUUAUAAACGUCUGGAUUCCUUCAGUCUUUCUCCGUGGGAAAGCAGCCAAUGCAUUUCAUGUUUAUCAAGUAUACAUCAGGAUCAAAGACGACGAGUGGAACGUCUAUCGAAGAUACACGGAAUUUAGGGGGCUUCACCACAAGUUGCAGAUGAGGCACCAUCAAGUACGAAGCUUUAACUUCCCACCCAAGAAAGCUAUUGGAAACAAGGAUGCAAAGUUUGUGGAGGAACGGCGGAAGCAGCUGCAGAACUACUUAAGAAACGUGAUGAACAAAGUCAUCCAGACUCUGCCAGAAUUCAUUGCCAACCCCAAAAAGGAGACGCUCAUCCAACUGAUGCCCUUUUUUGUGGACUUCCAGCCUGCAGGAGAAUCGGCCACCAAAACCAGUUACCGGCGGGCCACCCCCCACUUCCCAAGGCUGUCUCGGAACCACACCAGGGAAUCCCGCAAUCCGGAACCUCAAAGUGGUGACCUUUGACCUGUGACCCCUGCAAGGACCUGGUCGUGUAGGCAGCCGUUGAGUUUGCCCUGAGGAUCCAAGUCUGUGUGAGGCGACGAGAAGCAGCCAACAACGGGAUGGAAGCGAUCCUCCGAAAAAA